AUGCAGGCUCCCGUUCUCUCUGCUCAGACUAGGGCUGCUUCCCGGACCUCUACGCCUUCUUUACCUCGUCUGCCUGUGCCCGAUAUGCACACGACGCUCCAGAAGUACCUGAGGUCUCUUGAGCCCAUCCUUUUGGAGGAUGAAGCACGUGGAGGCACCGACUUCAGGACUGCUUACGCCGCGCGCGUGAAGCUCGUGGAGGAUUUUGAGCACGGAUUGGGCCCUACAUGUCAGGAGAGGCUGCAAGAACUCAACAAAAACUCGCCCAACAACUGGCUGGACGACGGUAUAUGGCUCAAGAAAGCAUACCAUGAAUGGCAAGCCCCACUCAUCGUCAACUCGAACUGGUGGUUAGCCUUGGGGGACGAUCCUGUCAUUCCUUCCUCCGUCCGUUUCCCCACGAGCACAGUCGACCACUGCACACUAUGGCAAAUCCGGCGAGCUGCAUGGCUUGCGCAUCGUGUUCUAGACUUCAAAACGCGAUUGGAACGGCAAGAGCUCUACCCAGAUACGACGCGAACAGGCACGCAUCGUCUUUGGUUCCGUCACUCGGCCCUGCAGGCGUUCAACACUUGCCGCAUCCCUCAGCGCGAAUGUGACCGUUUCCUGCCGCGUCCGACCGCGUCCGACUCGGACGGCCGCAAGAUACUGGUCAUGGUCGCCGACUGGAUGUAUGCGGUCGAAGCUAUCGCUCCCAGCGGCGACCCCAUACCUGCUGCGGCGAUUGAGAGAAGGUUGCGUGCUAUAGUCUCCGAUGCAGAAUCCCGCCAGAAACGAGGAGAGUGUGCAGUUCCUUUGAGCGUACUCACGACAGACGACCGGGAUCGCUGGGCAGACAACCUCGCACACCUCUUGUCCCUCUCGCCUGCCAACCGCUCCAUAUUCACCACGAUCACGAACAGCGCCAUUGCCGUCAGCUUAGACAACUACGCUUACGACCUCCCCAAGUCCCAGCGCACGUCCGACCCAGACCUCACCGCGCACCUGCACAACAUCCGCUCCGGCCACAACGACCGUCCGGGACACAACAGGUGGUACGACAAGGCAUUCACGCUCAUCGUCGAGGCGAACACGCGCGCAGGCGUCCUCGGGGAGCACUCGCCGGUUGAUGCACUAGUGCCGAGCAUCAUUGCGGACUAUGCGAUCGUGCAAGGGGUGGACGAGGCCGCGUUCCCUAGCGCCCUCCAUGCCGACGAUUCCUCGGUGCAGUCUGGAGACGCUGCCGGAGGCUAUCUUGUGAGCGGAUGGGAACGUCUGGACUGGGUUGUGGAUGCGAAGAUCGAGGCCGAGUGCGCCGAGGCGGCUCGGAGGGCAAAAGCGAUCGUCGAUGACUCGGACAAUGACGAGCUCGUGUUCGACGCAUACGGGGUUGACUGGAUCAAGGAAGCCCGCCUGCCGCCCGACGCGUACAUCCAGAUGGCGUUGCAGCUCGCAUGGUACCGCACGCGCGGGGAGUUCACCGCGACGUACGAGACCGCGCUCACGCGGCUCUUCAAGCACGGCCGCACCGAGACGAUCCGCACGCUCUCGACUGACAGCCGCGCGUGGGUCCUCGCCAUGGCAGAUCCGUCCACCUCCAACGACACGCGCUUCGUGCUUCUCCAGCGCGCACUGCAGACACACUCGCAGCUGACGCGCGAGGCGGCCACCGGGCGCGGGAUCGACCGCCACUUGCUCGGGCUGCGGCUCAUGCUCCGCGCGGACGCGGGCGAGCACCAUGCACUCUUCGAGGACGAGCUCUUCGCACGGAGCCAGGAGUGGAAGCUGAGCACGAGCGGCCUCAGUGCAGGGUACCAGUUCCGUGGGACCGGGUUUGGGGCUUCAUAUGAGGACGGGUACGGGAUCAACUACAUGCCUGCACCUGACCUUAUUAGGUUUGGCAUUGAGUCCAAGCACUCCUGUUCAAAGACAAGCACACAGGGUUUCAAGACAGCAAUUGCUGAUGUGCUAGAGAAUAUGAGGACACUAUGCACACCUACUUUACAAGCACAUUUAUAG